UGGUUUUCUCUGUCAUGAUACAAUCACUGAACAGAAACCAUAGCCUUUUGGCAGUAGGCUAGUUAUCGCACUUCGGCCGGACUUGGUGCAGAAUAGUCCUUCUAACUCCCAAGGUAUUUAAUAGGCUGUAUGGAAAACGCGUGACUGUGGGCCAGUCAAUCUGUGGAAAACAGGGAUGUUUUCUUUGAUGAGGUUGUACUUUGCUUGGAACUAAGCGGACCAUCACAAGUGGCGUCUUACAAUCAGUUCGCCACUGUGGAAAAUACAACAACUUAGCUGACCUGUAGUUUGGAGUCAACUUGCGGUGAAAGGAUGAGAAGUCUCUGAAAAAGACGGACUGAGUCUGAUUCUGAAUUCAAAGGAAAGGUUCGAUGGGGUAAGGCCCAGGAGCACCCAGCCAGAGGGGAAUCCACGGGACAGCACCCGCCCCUUUUCUGAUCACAGGCGGAGAGAAGCACAGAGAUGAGCGCGUCCUGGAGGAGGCUGAAGGUGCUGGGGGCGAUGAUGAUGGUCAACCUCUUCAUCUACGUGAUGGUGGAGGUGUCGCGGAGCGGCGGGCGGGAGCCGGGCGGGUCCAAGGUGCGGGUGCCCAGCAAGCGGUUCUGGACCCGGAACCCGUCCAGCGAGGCGUACUGGAACCGCGAGCAGCAGAGGCUGGACCGGGUCCACAACCCCAUCCUGGGGGGGGAGAACGGCUCCAGCGUCGCCCUGCCCAUCUGGCCCGGCUGGACCAACGCCACCGACGAGCUGGCCUCCUGCGACCCGGACCCGGCCGUGGCCCGGCUGGUCAAGGACUACAACUCCCUACCUGCCCGCUUCAAAGACUUCCUGCUCUACAUGAGGUGCAGGUCCUACCCCCUGCUGGUGGACCAGCCGCACCUGUGCAAGGACCAGCCUUUCCUGCUCCUGGUGGUCAAGUCCCUGGCCCCGCACUUCGACCGGAGGCAGGCUAUCCGGGAGUCGUGGGGCCGGGCGGGGCGCGUGGCCAACCGGACGGUCGCCACGGUGUUCCUGCUGGGCAACGCGGCGGCGGCGGACCACCACCCCGACCUGUCGGAGAUGCUCCGCUACGAGACCUCGCGGCACCAGGACAUCCUCCAGUGGGACUACAGGGACUCCUUCUUCAACCUGACCGUCAAAGAGGUGCUCUUCCUGGACUGGCUGGAGCUGCGCUGCCCCAACGCCAGCUUCGUCUUCAAGGGUGACGACGACGUCUUCGUCAACACCCCCCGCGUGCUGGACUUCCUGGGCGGCCUGGCCCCGGCUAAGGUCAGGGACCUGUUCGUGGGGGACGUGAUCACCAACGCCGGGCCGCACCGGGACAAGAAGCUCAAGUACUUCAUCCCGGAGAGCCUGUACGUGGGCCAGUACCCCCCCUACGCCGGGGGCGGCGGCUUCCUGUACUCCGGGGACCUGGCGCUCCGCCUGCGGAACGCCAGCCGCCAUGUGGCGCUGUACCCCAUCGACGACGUCUACACGGGCAUGUGCCUGAGGAAGCUGGGCCUGGCGCCGGAGAAGCACAAGGGCUUCAGGACCUUCGACAUCGAGCAGAAGUACAGGAGCAACCCCUGCGCCUACAAGGGCCUGGUGCUGGUCCACAGCCGGACCCCCCAGGAGAUGAUCAAGAUCUGGGGUUGGCUCAGCGACCCCGAGCUCAACUGUCAGUGAAGGGCCCCCACGUCCCACGUCUUUCAGGCGCGUGGUCGCCGGACGGUAACCUUAGAUACGGGCAGCUGGAUUAUCGUUAUUUUUGUUACAGUUACAAUACUGCCUUUGUCCUCUUAUUGUUCCAAGGCUGAACCGCGGCGUGAGCUGACAGGACCUUUUCACUGAAAGUUUCUGUCGUUUAACGUGUCAAAGGCAUACCCGACUCCACCGCCCAAUUCCCCAGUAAUGCAAAACCGUUUUUAAAAAUCGAGAUUUAUUCUUUGAGAUUGGCUUUCACAUUAUUUAUCUAUCUUUGUUAUCUUUCAUAGUCUUCUUUCAUGUUUCAUAUCUCCGUUUUAGGAUCUGCUAUUGAAUGUUGUUGCUAUGUUACGUAGAUGUUGGCGUGGUAAAAUUUACUUGGCUGGAAUGUGGCAAGAAAUCUUGAGUAUAAAUUUGCCAGUUCUGGGACACCACCCAACACGCAGUGUUACAUUUGCACCAAACCAAGAAGCUUCUAGAUGAUUGUGAAGACGUCCUUCAGCUGUAAUAGUGAUUUCUUAGUGUGUUUUAUGCCACAACCUUAAUGAUCUACAAGAACAGGGUCCAAUGAAAGGUGGGUGUGACGACGGUGGUGUGGCCGUAUGAAAUAAAAUGGAGAUUAUGUGGCCCGUAAUAACACAUUCUGGACCUUUCUGUUUUGUGUUGCAUUGGUGUGAACCAUGGCCAUACUCCUAAGGCUGCUACUGGAAAAGUGAUGCUUGGGUCUUAACAAGGUCAGUGUUGACUGCAGUGCCUUUUCACCAUUUCAGUAUUCAAACGGUCCCCAGUCGCGUACGAAGACACGGCUGAAUUUAACGCUGCGCGUUCAUAAGCACUGAUACUAGUGGAGCGCACAGGAUUUAUGAGUGAUGCUGCCAAUGUGCACAUCAGCGCUAUUUCAAAAAUUAGUUACGGAAGUUGACAGUUAGCAUAUUUAAUGUUCCGAUUUUGGAAUGUUAGGACCGUUUUGACCGUUGCCAUGGAUGGGGGUUUUGUUUACCUGAUAUCCUUCACAGUGAACUGGUUCUCGUCUCUUUAGAAAUGCACUUAGCGUGUAUGACCUUUCGCGGGAGAUCUGGAUCAGUAUUCUGGUCUUUGAGCCGUGGCCUUCUCUUUCAGUACGUUUUUUUCGCUGUGGCAGUAGGUUUGGAAAUCACUUUUUUCACGCGUAUGACCCUGUAUGACACCUGCUGGACGGGUGCAGAACUACACCUUAAUAGUUUAAAUAUUAUAUAUUUUUUCCCCGCAGACAGGCGAUGAUUGUUCUGUACACUGGAGCUGUCACUCAGGAUCUGAUGCUCAGACUCCUCAGACUUCUCUGUAGGACGUGCUUCAAGAGCGAGCCCUGUUCGCGCUGAAUAGAACCGAGCAGGUCUUUGGUAUUUCCUGAGCAUGUGCUGUCGUGAUGUUUUAAUACUGUAUGUCAUAUUUAAAAACCUACCAGCGUAAAACCAAAAAAUUAAAGGCCGUAGUGGUUCUGCCUGCGUAGGGCAAAUGUUUACAUGUGGAAAGAAAUAUUUAAGAUAUUAGUGUGUGCAUAUUAAAAUGAAACAAGUGUAGUCUGUGUAGUACAGAUGUUAUUUGUGAAGUGAAAUGCGAACUGCUGACUUGAGUUUUCUCUCUGUUCUAAAAUUCCAUGAAAUACAUAGCCAUACAUCCCAUAUUCUGACUGUAGCUUGCUGUUGGAAAUGUUUUAAUGAGAUUUAUUCAGAACGGUACCAGAAUUUGAGACUUUUAAUGUGGUAUGGUCUAGGAAUUGAAAAAUGUAGCAACUUUGGCCUGUUAAAUUAUUAUUUCUUUUUUUGGAAAUCGUUGUGAAGUCGUCCGCCCUGGUUUUUGUCUGUGAAAUGAAUUGUGAUGCUUUAAAAUGCAAAGUGGCGAAGUGGACUAAAAUGGCAGUAUUUGCUCACACUCUGUGAGUUUUGUUUUUAUUUUAAGAGGUUAUUACUUACCAUUCUUGACAGCAGAUGUCUGUUCUUUUUGACCGCACUUUUUGCAUUCUCGCGGCACUCUGUAAAUAUAAAUUCUAUAAAUGCUCUUCUAUAUUGAGAGACACUCGUAAGCCAUAAACGUACUCCCGUGCAUUCUGUAUGAGCUGUGUAUCUGCCUGUUCUACGCUAUUGGCCAAUCAAUCCUGUGAAUGACCAAGGCUCACUCUGUAUGCUGUAUGCAUUGUUGCGUAUUCCGUAUCGAUUUUGCUGCAAAGGGAAAAACAAGAUUAAGGGAAUGCGUUCUGUUUUCUGCGUUCUGCAGUGAAAGUGCACGAACGAUCGUGUUUCCAGAACUCAUUUGUCUGACGGAGAGGACGUUCUGGGGUUAAUGAUUUCCCGGAAACUACGGAGACCUCGUAACGUCCGUUUGUGCCUUUUUAAACAGUGCUUCAUGGGCCUGCGGUCUCUUGGUUGAGAGACAUGUCUGUGUUGACUCAGUGUAUAUAUAUAUUUUUAGAUCGUACACUUGAACUGAAACCUUUCACUAAAACACAGAUCAGGUUUUUUUUGUUAGCCUAUCGUGCUUUCCUUCCCUCACAGUUCAAAUCUGAAGGUGACAUUUUGACUCCUCCUGGCUCCGUGCUGUCAGUUUAGCCCAUAUGAACCUGUCUGUGGUAUUCAUAGUCUGAAUGAGUUAUUUAUUUUGAUCUAGGCCUGAUGAGGUUACUGUGUUUGUGUCGAAUUCACUACCUAGAAGUGCCUGCUUGCGAUUUAGCUUGGCUCUGCGCAAGCCCCCUCAAUGUACAAUUAGUCACGCGAGAGAAUGUUUGUCAUUUUGAUAUUUGUUUGUGCCUUUUCAGUGAUUUUGAUUAAUGAUUUGUAAAUAAAGUCUAUUUUGUUGUUUUGUGA